AUGGCUGAAUCGACAGAAAGCAUAUUUGAACAAAUUCCUGAACAAAUAAACGAAAAUAUCACUAAAUUAAUCGAUAGAAGGUUAGAGUUAAAACUCCCACCAAUUGUUCAGUCAAUUUAUUCGACACCACCUGAGUGGUUCACAAAUGGCAUUAAUUCCAUCAAGAGCGAUGUUAAUUCCAUCAAGAGCGAUGUUAAUUCCAUCAAGAGCGAAGUUAAUUCCAUCAAGAGCGAAGUCUCAGCCCUCAGAGUGGAUAUGAAUACUUUGGAAAGAACAACAACUACUGGAUUCCGAAUGAUUCAAUACAAGCUUGCUCUUUUAGAUAAUGUAACCAGAAGAAACAAUGGCUAUGUUGCGUCUCUCGUGCCUUUUAUAAACUUAGAAAGCGACCAAGAUGAAUUACCCCCUAUUGAAACCGUUAGAGAUAUUGACAGCCUAAACAGAGAAGAAUGCCAGAAAUAUUUAGAUGGAUAUAAUAUUCGAUAUCGGCCAAACGAAAGGGCAUUGUUGAAAUCAAAAUUGAGAGAUGCUGUUGGUUUGGUAAGCGCAUCUGAUUUAAGAUAUGUUUUUCGUAAUUUUAGCGAAGAGCUUUAG